AUGACCGACCAGAUCAAGUCCCUUUUCGCCGCCAAGGCAGCCAAGAACGAGGCUGUUUUCGUCAGCUUCGUCACUGCCGGUUACCCUACCAAGCAAGACACUGUCGAUGUCUUGCUUGGUCUCGAGGCAGGUGGUGCAGAUGUCAUCGAGCUCGGUGUUCCCUUCUCGGAUCCUCAAGCUGACGGUCCUGCCAUCCAGGAAUCCAACCAGGUCGCACUCGAACAGGGUGUCGGCUACACCCAAUGUCUCGAGUACGUCCGCCAGGCUCGCUCAAGAGGUCUCAAAGCACCUGUCCUCUUCAUGGGCUACUACAAUCCCACACUCGCCUACGGUGAGGACAAGGCCGUCUUAGAUGCCAAGGCUGCCGGUGCCAACGGUUUCAUCAUGGUCGACCUUCCACCUGAGGAGGCUGCCGACUUCCGCGCCGCUUGCACCAAGUACGGUCUCUCCUAUGUUCCUCUCAUUGCCCCUUCCACCUCUGCGCAGCGUAUCAAGCACCUUGCUUCCUUGGCAGACUCGUUCAUCUACGUCGUUUCCAAGAUGGGCACUACAGGUGCUACAACCACCGUGUCCAGUUCUUUGCCCGACCUCAUCUCUAAAAUUCGCAGCAUCACUUCCAUCCCUCUCGCCGUCGGUUUCGGUGUUUCGACACGCGAGCACUUCGUCCAAGUCGGAGAGCACGCAGACGGUGUCGUUAUUGGUAGCAAGUUGGUAGCCAAGCUCAAGCAAGCUCCUGCCAACACUGCUGCUCGUGUCGAGGCCGCCCGCAGCUACUGUGCCCAGAUCACCGGCAAGGACGAGGGCGGUAUUCAACGCAAGCAGCCUCUCAACAUUAACGAGGUGAUAGAUCAGCCUGACUCCGUCCCCGUUCCCAAAGUCGAUCGUGUUGUCAGUGCUGACCGACCUCCCGUCCCUGGUUUCGACACCAUCCUUGACGCUCAAGGCAAAGUUCGACCGCCUCGAUUCGGCAAAUUCGGUGGUCAAUACAUCCCCGAAGCACUCUUUGAUGCUCACCAGGAACUCGAAAAGGCCUACCUCGACGCCCUCAAAGACCCUCAAUUCUGGCAAGAGUUCGAAAGCUACUACGAGUAUAUUGGUCGACCCUCGGAGCUCUACCCCGCUGAUCGCAUGACCCAAGCUGCCGGUGGAGCCCAGAUCUGGUUCAAGCGCGAAGACCUCAACCACACCGGUUCGCACAAGAUCAACAACGCUGUCGGUCAGCUCCUCCUCGCCCGUCGUCUCGGUAAGACGCGUAUCAUCGCAGAAACUGGUGCCGGUCAACACGGUGUAGCCACCGCCACCGCUUGUGCCAAGUUCGGCAUGGAGUGCGUCGUCUACAUGGGAUCCGAGGAUGUGAGACGUCAAUCGCUCAACGCUUUCCGAAUGAAGAUGCUCGGUGCCAAAGUCGUUGCCGUCGAAUCUGGCUCCAAGACUCUCAAGGAUGCUAUCAACGAGGCUAACCGUGAUUGGGUUACUAACCUCCACAACACGCACUACAUUGUUGGUAGUGCCAUUGGUCCCCACCCCUUCCCCUCCAUCGUGCGUGACUUCCAGUCGAUCAUCGGCAAGGAAGUCAAGCAGCAGCUUCAGGAGAAGAAGGGCAAGCUUCCCGACGCCGUGAUUGCUUGCGUCGGCGGUGGCUCCAACGCUAUCGGCAUUUUCCACCCCUUCGUCCAGGACAAGAAUGUUCGUCUCAUCGGUGUAGAGGCCGGUGGUGACGGUAUCGAUACCAACCGACACUCUGCUACCCUCAGCAAGGGUACUCCCGGUGUCCUACACGGUGUGAGGACAUAUCUGUUGCAGGAUGAGUUUGGACAGAUCACCGAAACACACUCGAUCAGUGCUGGUUUGGACUACCCAGGUGUCGGUCCAGAACACUCUUUCUUGAAGGACAGCGGUCGAGCCGAAUACACCGCCGCUACCGAUGAAGAGGCUUUGCGUGGUUUCAAGCUCUGCACCGAGUUGGAAGGUAUCAUUCCCGCGCUCGAGACUUCGCACGCACUCUGGGCCGCUUUCCACAUUGCCAAGACGAUGAAGAAGGAUCAGGAUAUUGUUGUCUCCUUGAGUGGACGUGGUGAUAAGGACGUAGAGCAGAUUGCCAACGCUAUCGCUCACGGUGGUUGGGGCGAGCGUCUCGGCUGGAACAUAGCCUAG